GCGUCUAUGAGUUACACUACUCGGCCUCGUUUCUGUUUACGGCAUCAAUUUAUCCAACGGUUACUGAGUACAUUCAGAUUCUGUUGAGUAAUCUAGGACGUCAUUUUAUCGUCCGAGAUCGUUACACAUAUGCCAUAUCGAAUUCCAAUGUUCAAUCAUUUAGUACUUUCAUUGCUGCAAGAUGCUUUUUUAUUCACUUUCCGGAGUUUGACUUCUCCCGUUGAAUGUCCACUUCAGUUUUAUACAGGUGUGAAACGAAACUACUCUGUUCACCUUCUAGAACCUUGUACACCUUGGCGUUACAAUGCGAAGAAGUUAGUCAAACUAACACAUCAUACCAAUAUCAGUUUGACAGAAAUCAAUGGGAUGUUGGCAUUGUUUGAACAGACAUCGAACAUAGAGACAAUUUUGUCACAAACAUGUUUACCAUCGUCAUCGUUACCAUCGCUAUCAUCAUCUAUGUUAUUAUCACAUGUGAAUCCCUCCAAUCAUACUCCUACAUCAGAUAUUUCUUUUAAUACAAUCAGUGGAACUAAUGAUAUUUCUACCAUUGAUAAUAGUAAUGGCUUGAAUGAACAUGUUUAUCACUAUACUACUAACGAUAAUGAUAACAAUUUGGCACAGAGCAGUAACAGUAUCAAUUGUCAUAGUAACAAUAAUAUCGGUAACAGUAUAGCAAGAACUGCUAUUACUACUGUAAAUAUCGAUGAAUUGGAUCCUCAGGAUGAAAAGUGGUCUACGCCAACAGAAAGUAUGGAAGCAUUGAAUAUAGAUCAUGUGGUUCCAGGUGAAUCAAUUUCUCAGGAUAUUAAUAUCAGUAGUGAAAUUACCAUUACAUCUCCAGUGGUACAACAACCGUCUACAUCUCAAAGAAAACUUGGUGAAUUAAUGUCAAUAUUUCCUAAUUUAAAAUUAAACAUACUUGAAGAAUUUUUAUCACUUGCACAUGAUGACGUUUCAUGGGCAACUACAUUGAUUUUAGAUAAUCAUACUAGCGAAAGAAUAAAUCAAAAAAUUGAGCAGAAUUCUAAUCCACUUGAAAAUAAUUUAUUGUUAUGUAAAUCUAAUCUUAGUCAAACUUCUGAACAUCCAUCGACAGAAAUAACAGAAGCAGCCUUAGAUCCUGCACCGCUAUCACCAACACCUUGUGAGCCUAGUUUCUUCAACAUCUUGGAAGACAAUACAACUAACCCCAGUCGAACUACUUUGUCAUCUGUAAAAGAAUCUCAACCUGAAAAUGAAAUAGACCGUACUUUUAAUCAUCAACAUGGUAUUAAGUUUUCAAGAAGUUUUCUACAAACAGCACAUGAAGAGUAUGCUUUUGGUCUUGGCUUAUCAGAUAUUGAUAUAUCUCCUGAUGCAAUUCCCGACUUUAUCAUCGAUGAAUGGACACCUGAACCUAAUUUGAUCAAAGAAAUUUAUGCCAGUUUUAUGCGACAUUUAGGUGUUCUUUCAAAUAGCACAACUAGAGUAUUAACACCGAAAUUUCCACCAUCAAAUACACGAAGUUCAAAUCAAAAUACAAAGAAAACUACUGUAACACCGUCAAAAGAUAUAAUAUCAAAGAGAUCAUUUUCAACGUUCUCACAAAUUAUGGAUGAUGAAGAAGGUCUACUGCGUUCUGUAGAAGAUUUUCGAACGUCCUUAAAUACUCCUGUCAUACGUUUGAUAUUAAACCGGUUAAUGUCUAAAUUUCCUGGUACACAAAAAAAUGUCGUUGAAGAAGCAUUUGUUCGAUGCGAAUUUGAUGAAGCUCGGACAGAAGUUUACCUUCUAACUUAUUAUAAAUCAACUAUUGAAUCAGUGACAAAGUCUACGACAACAACAACGUCAACAACCACUAACAAUUCAUCGUCUAUUCAGUGCUGGAAUAACAUGUCAACUGUGAAUCAACAGUCUAUCAAUUCAACCUUUAUAACUAAUAACAGUGAUAAUAAUAGUAAUAAUAAAAAUAAUCUGGUUGGCUUAGAUUAUCAUCAGAUUACGGAAGACAAUUUAAGUUUAAAAGAAAUUCAAGAUGAAGAGGAAGCGCUGAAUAGAUCUAUUGAAGAUCAGAAAGAUUGACUUGAACCGAUCUAAAAAAUGUACCAGAUUCUAUGCUAAUUAUGACUAACUGUCUGGUUGAAUUGAUACAAGGUAAUCAGAUCAACUUUCCGGAGUACGUAAGGAUGAUUUUGUAUGAAGAGAUUAUUAAAUAUAACACUGUUAUAGAGUUUAUCCACUUCCUCUCAAACUGUGAGUCUUUCUCGUUUUACAAUAUCACCAGUUUGAAACAUUUUUCCCCCAAACAUUUCUCUACAAAUAAUGAUGAACAUAGAAAAGUGAUUGAUUGAGAUCAUGAACCGAUUGAUGUUAGACCACCAUUAAAAACCUGGAAGCUCUAGACGGCCGUUUCGUCCUAUUGUGGGACUCCUCAGCAGUGCGCAUCGACGAUCCCGCUCGCGGAUUCGAACCAAGAGCCUUCAGUCUCGCGCGCCAACGUUUAACCUACUGGACCACUGAGGAGUCCCACAAUAGGAUGAAACGGCCGUCCAGUGCUUCCAGGUUUUCAUUGGUGGUCUAACAUCAAUCGGUUCAUGAUCUCAAUCAAAAACUUGACAAUCUCCACAACCCCUAAACUGAUAGAAAAGUGAGUUGUAUAAAUGUUGGCCUAUUCAUUAAAUUUUGGGAUGGUUGCUAGUCGUAUGUUUCUUCCCAUUUGGCACUUAUCAAUUGAGAGUAUACUUAUAACUCAGUGUUGAUGUUCCCAUUAACAACGAAAAAAGCAGAAAAGAAAUCUCGUAAAUUUAGUCGACUCAUAUUUGAAUAAAACUAGAGAGAUGGUUGAAUUUCACUCCAUAAAUUAUAGACCUAUUCGGUGUGACAUCAUUUGUUUUUAGAAACGGUAAUUAUGCAAUUUAUUUAUCACUACUUGCUUACGAUGUUGAAUGAUAGUACAUUUCACACCUACUUAUUAUUGUAGCACUAUCAAAGUAUUUCAAAUUCAGAAUAACAUUAAAUCCAAAACUAAUAAAAACACUUGUUUAGAAUAGAUCGAUUUUGGCUAGCGUUGGAAUCCGAGGCUCGCAUUUCAUCUUACUUUGGACUCGUCAGCCGGAUUCACACGCAUUUACAUCGGGACCACCCGGACAGGAUGCAUAUAUAUUGACAAAGAUCAAUGAAAAUUCAAUUCGUAAUGUCAAUAAAAGGAUAACUUAAGACCUUUUUAAAGAUGAUAUAAGAAUAUUUUUGAUUUAUGCAUCAAUGAUGUUCACAAGUUCAUAGGGCAAUUCGGUUUCCUUCCUUUGGAUGAAUAAUAAUCACCAAUAUAAUAUGUAAUAAUAUUUAGUCACCAAAUGAAUAACAUGAAUUUAAGAUAGGCCAAUUAGUUAAAGCGAAACAACCGUGGUGUGACGGCAGUAAGGUUUUUCCUUCAGUAAACCAGCAUAACGGCGAUGCUGCCUUCCCACAAAGGAAGGGUGAAGUUAGAAAAGGUUGACCCUAAAGAUGCACACCUCGCCUUAUCCCACAGAUAUCUGUCUCCGGCGGUAAGGUCCCAACAAGUACGGAGCUAACAUGAAAAUUACUCACAAAAAGGUCGUGUGUUACUGACUUCAAGCAGUUGUCCCUUGGGCACUGUGGUCACACUCUCAGGUCACUAAGACCAGCUCUAACCCGAUUUCUUUUUCAGGUACCUCUAGAAGAACCCUUCCACGGUCUGGGCAACCUGGAAGUGAAAACCGCCCUCACAUCUCUAACAGCAUUCAUGACCACCGGUAAAUAUUUGUCAUUUGUUAAACAUUCUAUUGUAUAUUACAUUAUAAUAGAUAAAUUCUAUUGGAAUUUGAGCGAAUAGUCUGAUAAAAAUUGAGCUCCAAGUAUAAUGACAUUUUAUAUAUAAAUAUUAUAUUUGAAAUAAUCUCAAUGAUAGAGUACUAAAUAAUUCCAAAUUUUCGCUCGGCUAACUAACUCGAACCACUCCAGGUUAAUGAUGGGAAUCGAUAUUAUCAAAACGUGUAUAAGGUUUCGUUAAAUUCCAUCACAAGACAAGUUUUAACUUGAAAUCCUCAGGGCUAAGGAGAAAUAUGCAAACCAAAGAACACAUGACACCCGGAACUAGGGACAAACAUCACAAUCAUAGAUAGUACUUGGUAACAAUUGGAGAGAAGAGCCUGGGACAAAGUUACUCGGAGAUUCUCAGUAGGUAUGCUAUGUUUUACGAAAAGUAUCACACUUAAGUAGGUAAGCUAUACAAGAUUUCAAAAAAACAAAAUCACACUAAAAGCCUGUUUUAUUGAUUAAUACCUUGUUUAAAUAAUUGUCAAUUACAGUUCAAAGAUCAUGGAGGAGUGUAUUAUUGAAAUGUACAAUAUUUUACUUAGGAUAAUCCUAUACAACAAGAUUUUCACGACAGAUAAUUCUUUUUACUAUCAUUUUUAUUUAACUUUUUUCUCAGUAAAAGUUUUCAGUUGCUUUGUUUCUCCGUUUAUUAAAUAAAGUCUCUUUUUUUAGCGUCUUCUAACAUUGGCCAAUCAACUUUGUAUGAGUCGUUUAAAAGCACAGUUUCCUGGAAUAGAUAUAAAUUAUUUGGAAAAUCUUUUCAUUCGAUUUGAGUAAGUAUUUAUUAUUAUUAUUCAACAUAUAUCUGUGUUUCACAUCUUUUAAUUGGAAAUCAGUUGGGCCACCGGUGAUUUUUAAUUACGAACAAUCACAAUUCUCUUAGUGUGUACUCGAUAGUGCGGUCACUGAUGCAUACAACACUUUAAAAAUUAUCCUGACGAUGAAGCCCAAGUACAAGAAGACAGGAGUGCAGUAAACUCUUUAUACUCAAAUAAGUUCAAAUUAAAGAACAACUCUGUGUAAACAAAACAGGAAUUUAGAACACAAGAGAAUUAGAAGACUGUUAAGGAGAAUUCACGUUAUCUAGAUUUUUUGUUAUUACAAGUUAGUUCUUUCGUUAAAAGAUAACUUUGGUGAUAUCUUCUGCUGAAAUCUGAUUAGCUGUUUCCUCUUUCAAUUUUUCAAUUCUAUCGUUUCUCAAGGUUAGAAGCGGUUAUAAUGAUUACUUCAUUAUCUCUUUCUACUUACUAACAAUCUGGUUUACUUAACUCAUGUUUCAAAACAGACCCGUUAUAUUUGUAAAAUACUUAAUUUAAAGAAGAGAACAUUGGUGUAUGUGAAAGAUCUGGUAGAACACAAUAAAUGAUGAAUUCAUUUUCAUUUCAAGUUUGCAUUUAUUAUUCUUAUGUUUGUUAAAAGAGAACUAAUUACAUGAAAUUUUGAAGAUUCUGAGUAUUGAUUACCAUUGAUCGGCAUAAUGUACCUGGGAGCUGAAGGAAACCUCAUACACUCUAUUAUACAUGCGUGUAUUUUUGUCGAGUUAUUUAAGUGGUAUAUCUGGAGUUAAAAAUAUCCAUGAUUAGUAGCAACUGUUGAGAACAAUAUGAAAUGGUUUGGAUUAUCCUGUCGUGAUCGUAAUCUAGCUUGGAAUUUGUGAAGCAGUGGCUUGGCGAUAUUCGGGAUUUGUUUUUCACCUAAUUAGUUGUCGCUUCGUACUAUUCUCUUCACACAACUAGUCAAUUACGUCACAAUCUGUAGUACUAGAGUAAUUCAAAAAUGGGGAUUUCAGUGUUGGUGGCCUUGGUGAGGUGAAUAAUUGGUUUGCUUAAAAUAAACUGCCCAUACCCUGUUUGUUUUUCACUUCUGUAUAGCUUUAAAAAAGUUUUCUCUUUGGACUCAUUAGAGACAAGAACAUAUGAGUAAAUUAACUACAAUAUUGGAUAAGGAUUGUGUUACACCACAAAUUUGAUUAAGUUCGGAAAAUGAAGACCAUGUGAUCAUUGCAACUCAUUGGCAUCCAAGUUUAUCGUAUGUACUGUAAGAUCUGAAGAUUCCGAAUUAAAUCCCAUGUACAAUUGUUAAUGCAUGCUGUUAAACGAGUAAUCUCAAACUGAAAUGUGAAACAAGGUGUUCAAUUCUCAGUUUUUGAUGGAUCUCCGGUUGGUGACAAUCACUUGCUCUAAACUUUUGGGGGACCUACUUUCCAACUGUGUAAAUAUUUCAAUAGAUUUCCAUUGUCUCAAUUUAUUCUGACUGACUAGUUAUGCUUUUUGAUUUCCAAAUGUACUAAUACUCUUUUUUUAAAAAAACUUACAACCUAUCUC